AUGGUGACCAAAGAUUCUAAGAUUAUCGUGGUUGGGGGAGGCGUCUUUGGCCUGAGCACAUCGUUGUGGCUAGCACGAGGAGGUUACCGAGACGUCACCAUCUUCGACAGGUGCCAGUUCGACAAGAACUUCUAUAACCCAGCAGAUGGCUGCGAUGGCGCUUCAGCAGAUCUCAACAAGAUCUUCAGAAUUUCCUACGCCGAAAAGCUGCACUACCAGAAUAUGGCAAUCGAGCUCGAGACAUCUCUUCCUCCUGAUCUAGAACCUGACGACAAGCUGCUGCACGAGUGCGGCUGCUACUACGUCGGAGACGGCCAAGAUAUGAAGGACUACUAUGCCGAGAGCUUGCGAUCGAUUGAGAGGACAGCUCCUCACUUGCGGAAGAAGCAGUUCAUCAAGGGCAAUCCUGAAAGCGAAGAGCAAAUUCGUUCUCUCGGUGGCACAUGGGCUAAGAAGUUCCACAUCGUUGACAAAAUCAACGGUGGCGACACAAACGGCUUUCUCGACACGAAUGCCGGCGUCACGAUCGCUGACAAGGCCUGCACCUGGGCCCGUUUCCUCUGCGAGCAAGCCGGCGUCAUGUUCGUCUUAGGCGAUCCCCAGGGCAAGCUCAAAAGACUCAUCAAGACCCCUACCCCCAACUCAACCCGCGUCACUGGCAUCGAAACCUGCGACGGCAAGACCCACGCCGCCGACCUCGUCAUCGUAGCCGCCGGCGGCUGGACAGCAUCCAUCCUCCCCGAAGCCCAUCGCACAGUCGAAACCACGGCCGGCACCCUCAUGUUCAUCGAUAUUCCCGAAGACCGCCAGGACCUCCGCAAGAAGUUCCAUCCGGACAACUACCCCGUCUGGCACUACCGUCGCGGCUCCGGCGAUACGUACUACCAGGGCGGCAGCUUUCCCAUCACGAAGUCCGGGCGUCUCAAGUUCGGGUUUCGUGGGAAGAAAUUCACCAAUUUCGAAGAUCAUCCCACGGAACCCAACUUGCGUGUGUCGACGCCGCGGACGAAGUACACCGAUAAUCCAAUCAACACUGUUCCGGCUUACGGACUGGCCAAGAUGAAAGAAGUCCUUUACGAAGCCCUCCCCGAGCUUCGGGAAUUCGCGUUCACAGACAGCCGGCUGUGCUGGUACACGGACUCGAUUGACAAUGAAUACGUGAUCGAUUACGUGCCUGGGUACGACAAAUCCUUGUUCAUCUGUACCGGCGGAUCGGGACAUGCAUUCAAGUUCCUACCGAUCUUGGGCCGGCACGUAAAGAAUCAGCUGGAAGGGAUGGAGGACCAAUUCACCCAGCUAUGGAAGUGGCGGGUCGUGACGGAGGGCAAGAGCAGUAACGGCCUGGAGGAAGGCGAGGGUGGAGCGAGGGUGCUGGCUGGGAUUGAGAUGGCGUCUCGUAAGUUUACCAUACCUAACCUACCCGCUUUCACAGCUUCCCGUCCGCCGUCUCAUGACCGCUUGCUUGGUAUGGCCGAUAUGACUGACCCGAUUGUAAUCACAGCAAGCGACUUCAACUUCAACGACGUCCGCGACCGGCUUAUGCGAGAGGCUGGUCUCAACAGCAAGCAGGCAGCCACCAACAUCGUCGCCGAAGUGAGUCUUGGAGCUGUUGGGCCGAAGGAGGUAGCCGUCCAGAACUGA